GAGAGCCCGGCAGACCUCCCCUGUCUCACCCCCGAGAGCCUCUCCUCGCAUAGCUGAGACUCCAGGACGGCUUGCGGAGGCUGGCGCUCGGAAGGGAGGAGAAGGGGGCGGGGCUCGGGCUGCCCCGGGCACCCUGCUCAUGAAUAAUGCCGCUCCCCAACUUUUUGCACCGCCUUAUUCUCAGGCUUGAGAAUUUUUCACAAAGUUUGUUUGGGACAGUCCGGGACUGGGAGCAGCCGCGGCGCAGCCCCCGUAGCGCAAAGCGCCUUGUGCGUCAGGCUUAGGCAGCCUGGAUUGUGAGGAUGUGAGGACAGAAUCACCCCCAGCCUUCCAAUUCGCCCUUGCAACGCGCUGCCAGCGCAGAAGAAGCAAAGUCCUGAUCUUGCCCGCCUCUGCAGCUGGGGGAGGAGGAGGCGGAGAGCCAGCGACUCCGGCCCGGAUCCGGGCACUGGAGGUAAAUAGAACGUUCCCCGGGUCCCCACGUUCGGAUUCGGAACGCCUCAGACCUCCCCCCUCCCCCGCGUGCCUUGCUCCCCGCUGGAAUCCGGACAGCAGCCAGCUCUCGCCCGGUGACAGCCGCGAGAACUCUUCCUUCGCCCUUUAAAGGAGCCCCCUCCUCCUCCCAGGGAAUUGCAGCAAGUAGCCAAAGUUUCAGAGAAAGUUGCAUAACUUUGCGUGGGGUUUGACUCGGAUGCAUUCGAUCGUGCGAGAUACAGAUUCGUGUUUGAGGGGACUGGCUCGGACCCCUUGCUUGGUCUGCUGCUGGGUGUCCGGACGCCGGGCACUUGAGGGAGGGGUGCAGUGACGUUUUGUGGGGGGCUGGAUUGAAGUGCCUUUAUCUGCUGCUGAUCGCCCAGGGCCUUGUAGGAUACAGGCAUUUGGGGGGCACUACCUGCACCCCUCAUUCGCUGAUUGUCCUUCCCCUGGAGGAUAUAGACUCGUUUGUGCGGGUGCUGCCUGGGACCACCUCCCGGUCGCUGCUGACUGCCCACCCCUUGACGGGGUACAGACUCGUUUUUAGGGGAGACCUGCCCUGGAUCCCUGAUCCGCUGCUGAUUCUUUGCCUCCCGUGGGGAAGUUUGUUGCAUUGAGCUCGUGCUGCGGGGCAGAAGAUGAACCCUACUCCCGUCCCUCCGCCGCCGGGGCAGCAAGUGAUCCAUGUCACCCAGGACCUGGACACGGAGCUCGAGGCGCUCUUCAACUCGGUCAUGAACCCCAAGCCCAGCUCCUGGAGGAAGAAGAUCCUGCCCGAGUCCUUCUUCAAGGAGCCCGAUUCGGGCUCGCACUCCCGCCAGUCCAGCACUGACUCGGGCAGCCACCCGCCCCGGCUGGCAGCCGCUGGUGCCCAGCAUGUCCGCUCGCACUCCUCGCCCGCCUCCCUGCUAGGCGCCGGAGCCGGGGCCACCCCCAGCCCGGCUCAGCAGCACGCUCACCUCCGCCAGCAGUCCUACGACGUGACCGACGAGCUGCCGCUGCCGCCCGGCUGGGAGAUGGCCCUCACCCACACGGGCCAGAGAUACUUCCUCAAUCAUAUUGAAAAAAUUACAACAUGGCAAGACCCUCGAAAGACCAUGAAUCAGCCACUAAAUCAUAUGAACCAUCAUCCUGCAGCAACUUCCACACCAGUGCCGCAGAGAUCAAUGGCAAUGUCCCAGCCAAAUCUGGUAAUGAAUCACCAACACCAGCAACAAAUGACACCAAGUACAGCCAUGUCCCAGCAGAGCCAUCCUACCCAGAACCCCCAGGGUGGGUUGUUGAACAUGCCCAAUGCACUGACUACCCAGCAACAGCAGCAACAGAAGCUGAGGCUUCAAAGGAUCCAAAUGGAAAGGGAGAGAAUUAGGAUGCGCCAGGAGGAGCUCCUGCGACAGGAAGCUGCACUAUGCAGACAACUUCCCAUGGAAUCAGAGACUAUGGCCCCAGUUCAGACUGCUGUGAACACACCUGCCAUGACACAAGACAUCAGGACUAUUACAAAUAAUGGAUCGGAUCCUUUCCUGAACAGUGGGCCAUACCAUUCCAGGGAACAGAGCACAGACAGUGGCCUAGGCUUAGGAUGCUACAGUAUACCAACAACACCUGAAGAUUUCCUCAGCAAUGUAGAUGAGAUGGACACAGGCGAAACUGUGGCACAGACUCCCAUGAACGUAAGUUCACAACAGACACGUUUCCCUGAUUUCCUCGACUGUCUUCCAGGAACAAAUGUAGAUCUUGGGACUUUAGAGUCUGAAGACCUGAUCCCUAUCCUCAAUGACGUGGAAUCCGUACUCAACAAGAGUGAGCCGUUCCUCACCUGGCUGUAAUCAAUAAUCACUCAAUGCUGAUUCAGCCCUUAAUACAAGCCAACAUUUCCUUUCCCUCUUGAAAUAGAGGUAGAGCAUCUGAAAAUCUUCAGAUAUAUACUUGCUGACUUAAUGACUUGCUGUAUCACCUUUAUGGUCAAUUUAACCUGUGCCUGAAUUUGAUUGACAGUAAUUUAAAUAUAAAAUAUAUGUUUCUUUCUGUUUUUCAAGAACUGCUUCUACACAUCUGUAACCUGUGUUUCCUUUACAGAUCAUAUAGAAGUGUUUCUUUUGGGGGGGAUGGGAAUCACAGAUGGGCAGAGUAUGGGAUAGAGAUCUGUGUCCAUGACUAAACUCAUGGGCUCUCAGUUAAAAUUAUGACUCUUAAUGAACCAAAAAUGCUGACCACACAUAGGCAGCUUGGUUAAAAAAAUACCUGCACAGAAUCAGACCUCAAGUGCAGUUUUAUAAUUAUAUUUAUGACAAUAGUACCAAAUGCUUUUUUAUCUAUUUAACUUGAGCUUUGAGCUUUAAAAUCAUUGUAUUAUUAGUAAGAUUGUGCAGUAUGGAAUACAGAAUAAUUCUGAUUCCAUAGCCACCAUACUAAUCCUUAUUAUACAUUUGCCAAGGCACAAACCGUACUAUUGCAGUUUAUUUUUCAGUAUAUUACUGUAUAGCUUCCAGAUAAAUACUUCUAAUUUGAAAGUAGCAGAGUGGUUCAGUGACGGUUUUACACUACGAUAAUAUUGUAAAAUAACCAGACUGGUACUGCCACCUUUAAAAAAGUCAUAAACGUGUAAUUUUUUAAAAAUACAUCUUAGAUUUUGAUGUUUAUUUUAUUAAGCACUACAAUUUUUUAACUAAAUACAUGAACGCAUUUUUUAAAAUAAAUCUGUGGCAACUAUUUUUGACAACGGCAAAAAUACACUUAAAAAUCAGGACAGAAAAGACUAGCACAACUUGACAAUACCAUAUGCAGUUUAAAAAAAAAAAGCCUUGUUCUUCCUGUUUUCAGUAGUAAUGGUUUUUAACUGACAGUAUCAAUGAAACCCUACAGGUAACUGAAUGCUUGUAAUCAGAUGGUCACUUUUAUCAGAUCCGUGAUAACCAGGCAGGUGCCUGUAUGUCUGGUGAAGUUGCUAAAAUCCUAAUACUUGUUGCUUGCUAGAGUUGGUAUACAAGACACAUGGCAUACUAUCCUGUAUAUUCAUAUCUACUGUAUAUCCUAUAAAGGUUUCUUUUUCAAAUGUUUGGGGCUGAGAAAGCAUCAAGGACAGAAAGUAUGCAAAGUUUCCCUGAAAUGCAAAUGAAGUCCUGAAAUUCUUAAGUAUUUUGAGCUAUUAUUAUUUAUAAUCUAUGAAUUUAAGCUUUUUAUUUUGAAAAAAAAUGUAUCUGUUUAUGAAAGGCAUUAAUACAAGUCUCUGAGCUUGAUCCAGUUUAUGUGGGGAAAGCAAGAGAUGUAGCACUCAGUGUAAAUGUCUGUUUAUCAGGUCUAAUCCAUAAGAUCCUAUCUAUGCACCAGAGUAUUGGACACUAAAGGAUUUUUUCUAUCUUGUUGGAAAAGAGGCAGGUGAAAGGGUUAGAGAUGAAGUGGCAGAAAUAUGGACUAGAUUGGAAAGGUGAAUGAUUAUGUAACAGAAAACAAUAACAGUACCUGAGAGGGAUGGAUGGCUACAGAUAGGGACACACAUGUAAGAAGAACCAGCCGUGUUCACUUAAACAAUACCAUACCAUGAACUCAAUACAAGAAACUUCCUUGUGAGAGAAGAGCUGCUUGGUUGCAUGUUACCACAGUGGCAUGGAAGCUGUCUUGUCUUUUAAGCAAGAGAGGGGAGAGAGCUACCCAAUGAAGUUCUAUUAUACAGAGAAGACUAGUUCUUUUUAUAUAUAUUUUAAUAUAACACGGGAUGAGGAGGCAGAGUUGCGUCUGCACAGAAUAUUGCUGAAUGGGCAUUGUUUUACUUUUUUUUUUCUUUCCACUUAUGCUAGAACUAAGCCUUAAGAUAUUAGAAAUUAUCUUUCUGAACAAACAAAGGACCGAAUGGGGCUGAAUGUUAUUACUGUAUUAUCUUGAAUCUUUUUUUAAAGUGUAUCAGGUUAUAAACUUAAAUGAAAAUCAGAUGGUCCUAUGGUUUUGUUCUUUUAGUUACACAAAUGGUUUAUAUAGUCAGAGAAUUUGGGAUUUAUGGUAUCUGAUUUUGAUAGUAAAACUUUUUAAGGCCAAAUCCUCAGCUGCUGUAUGAUCAGUCAAGCUCCAUUGAAGUUACUGGCUUGUUAGUACAAUUUACACCAGGGGAUCUGCACCCUGCCAUGAUUUAGUCAAUAUUAUAAUUAAAGUUUAGCAAAAUUAGUGUAAGCAUUUACUAGUAAGUCAAUGUUUUUAAUUGUUUUUUUUGUUCAUAAAAAACAAAGAUCAGAAUUCUAAAGCUGGUGCCUGCUUCUCCACAUGUAUACUGGUGUAGGUUGGGAGGGGCGAGGGAAGAGAAUAAAGCCCAGAAACAUUAAAUUUUGUAAUCGUUUUCAUAUUCCUGUGAUAAUAAAACAGCAGCAGAGUUGAAUGGAAAGGUGCUAUGUAAAAUAUUAUUGCUACUGUAAAGCAACUGCCCGUAGGUUAGGUCAAACCUUUUUUCAUUCUGAACCAAAUGAUGGUGAAGAUAAAGUAAUUUUUUACACCAUAACAUAUUCUUGUUUCUACAGAGAGUAUGUGCUGGAUCACAUGCACAGACACUCUCCCUAACCCCCAUACUAUCCAGUUUGUUGUGAAGUCCUCCUUUCAAGGAGUUUUCUGACUUUAAAAACAGGCUGUGACAGAAGUAUAAGUAUUCAAAAAGCAUAUGUAUUUGUAAUUCUAUUGAAACAAUUAAAUUUUUUACAAUAUUUCACUCUUAUUUCAGUUUGUGAAAUUACAUUUAUUUUACUAAAUUCACACUACUUGUCUCAAUACAGUAAAUAUGCUAGUGGGACAGUUGUACUGUUGACCAUCACUGAGUGUGACAUACAUAAACGUUGCGGAUACGGAGUAAUAGGAUGUUAAUUACAACUUGUAUUCUGAUAACACUAUUAGAAUGUAACUUUUUGGGGAGGGUGGGUUGAUGAUGAAAACAAAUGCUGGGGUGUUUUGGGGGGGCUGGGAGGGUUUAAAAUGUCUUUUGAAAAUGGGUGAUGAAACAAACUGUUUCUUAAUACACUGCAUCCAUGUAUGUGCUAGUACUUCAACUUUUUUUUUUAUUUACUUUUUAGUUGUAUGUUAUGAUGUGUGAGCAGUUGUUUUUAAUUUAGGUUAUUUUACAUACAGAGGGUAUGCAUCAGAAUCAAUCAGACCAAACUAUUGUACCCAGAGUUUGGUUCUGGUUUUUAUUUCUUUGAUCUUAUACAAGAGAAAAUAAAUAAAUGAAUUUAAAGCUUU